UUCUAGUUGUAGAGAAAAAAAAAUCUGGAAAAGUAGAAAUAUACCGGAAAGAGCACCGGUACAGGCAACGGUCAACCGUCACUGCAAGAUUCUUCGCCUACCUCAAUCAUCAUGGCAACCUUCACCUGCCUCUUAUCUUCACCCCUAUUCUCCCAUCCAAAACGACAUCGUCUCCACCACCACCCUCUUCCUUUCUCCCCAUCCCAACUCAAGAGUGAUUGGGGUUAUGGGAGGCGAGUGUUGGUUAGGGUGAAGUGCUCGAAUGAGCCGAGUGAUGAUGGUGUGGAAGCUGAGACUGGCUUGCGGUCUUCGGGUUCAGGUAUUGGUAGUGGCAUUUCGUCAUACAGUUGGUGUGCAGGACUUGGAGGGUUGGGGUUUCUUGAAACUAGUUACUUGAGUUACUUAAAGUUCACUGGUUCGGAUGCGUUUUGCCCUGUUGGUGGUGGUUCUUGUGGUGAUGUUCUCAAUAGCAGUUAUGCUGCCGUUUUCGUAGGUAUACCUCUUCCCUUUAUUGGAAUGGUUGCAUACGGGGCUGCAGCGUUCCUUGCACUAAAGUUGGCCGCAAAGGACUUGCCUUUCGGGAUUGAUGAAAGUAAUGGCGGAUUGAUUUUACUUGGGACAACUACCUCAAUGGCUACUGCAAGUGCAUACUUUUUGUACAUUUUAAACACACAAUUUGCAGAAGCUUCAUGUUCUUACUGUUUAGCAUCAGUCCUUUUAUCAUUCUCAUUGUUCUUCACAACUGCUAAGAGUUUGGGGUGGCAAAAGAUACGAGAAGAAGUGGGUCUGCAGAUAUGCAUAGCUGGUCUCGUUUUUGCUGCUUUAAGCAACUCAUAUAGUGCUUCAGCCCUUCCUCCCCCGACACGCUUCGGGGAGAAAUUUCUUCCAUACACUCCAACUGAAAUCAAGGCACCAUCAAGUCCUUUAGCUCUUAAACUGGCAGCACACUUACGUUCUGUUGGAGCUAAAAUGUAUGGAGCUUUCUGGUGUUCACACUGUUUAGAGCAGAAAGAGAUGUUUGGACAGGAAGCAGCAAAGAUGUUGGAUUAUGGUGAAUGCUACCCAGAUGGAUUCAAAAUUGGAACUCCUCUGAGUCAAGAAUGUAAAGAAGUCAAAAUACGAGGUUUUCCGAUGUGGGUGAUCAAGGGUCAGGUAUUAGAAGGGAUACAAGAGUUUCCAGCUCUUGCAAAAGCGUCAGGAUUUGAAGCGGGUGAGUUCAGCGGAGAGCUUGCAGAGCUUGCUAAACUAUCUGCUGAGGCCAACAUGCAACCAUGAUGAAUUUCCCAUUUCUUGUAUGUUGUCUCCUAUUUCAUUUGAAACAUCUGGUUUCACAUACAUGCAUACUUACAUGGAUUUUCCGUAGGAUUUUGUUUAGGUGUAUUGGGUUAUCUACAAAAUUUAUUAUUAAAACAAAUCCAGAAUAUUAAAAUUUUUAGCUUUACA